AUGGGAUCACUUGAGCCCAAUUAUGUAUUUGCUCCAAAAAUUCAUGAAGAGGCAUAUGUGAGUGGUCACCAUGAGGGCCAUUCAUUAAAUGUACAAGUUGUGUGUGACCCAGACCUGUUAAUUUUGAACAUCAAUGCUAAAUGGCCAGGAGCUAGACACGACGCUCACAUAUGGGCAAAUUCAGCUGUACGCUCCACCAUGAAGCGACAUUUUGACAAUGGGGAUCGCCGUACAUGGUUACUUGGUGAUGAUGGAUAUCCUCUGGAGCCAUGGUUGAUGACCCCAAUAAAAAAUCAACACCUUGGGACACCGGAGCGUAGAUACACUGAUGCUCAUGGUUCAGCCAGAAACACCAUAGAAAGAUGCUUUGGUGUGCUAAAGUCUGUUUUUAGGUGUCUGUCUCAUCAACGCCAGUUAAUGUAUGAGCCAUAUACUGCUGGCCUUAUAGUAAAUGCAUGUGCAGUGCUACACAACAUGCGUGUUAAAUAUAGAUUGAUGGAACCAUAUGUCACCACAUACACAGAAAUCAUUGCUGAUAGCUAUAACGAUGAUUACUUGGAAGAUACAGAACGAGUAACUGGCACUGGGCGAGCUGUUGCAGAGCGUAUACAAAGAAGACUCAUAAAUACUGCUUACACUUAA